AUGUCUUAUGACCUUUUCUUCGACGGUGUCGAGCCAAGUGCGGAUGAUGUGAUCAUUGCGGUGAUGGGAAUGACGGGUGCUGGCAAGAGCUCCUUCAUUUCGUUGUGCUCGGACAAGAAGCCGCCCAUUGGGCAUGAUCUGAAUUCUUGUACCCAAUCGGUCGACACAUACCCCUUCCUCUACGGUGGCCCUCCCCAGAGGAAGAUCUUCCUCGUUGACACUCCCGGAUUCGAUGAUAGUUACCGCAGCGACACCGAAGUGCUUCGAGGCCUGGCGGCUUGGCUAAGCGCGACAUACGCCAGAGGAACUCGCCUGUCUGGAAUCGUAUACCUGCAUCGUAUCAACCAGCCGCGCAUGCCAGGUUCUGCCCGGAGGAAUAUCAUGAUGUUCAACAAGCUGUGUGGCGACGGCGCUCUCAAGAACGUAAUUCUAGCAACUACCAUGUGGGACUUGGUGGACCAGAUCGAAGGGGCUGCGCGGGAGAAACAGCUUAUUGAAACCAAAGAGUUCUGGGGCUACAUGGCCUCCAAAGGAAGCAAGGUAUACCGGCAUGACAACACACGCCGGUCUGCCAUGAACCUCAUCGGCCACUUUGUCAAGACCGACACCAGGGUGACCCUCGGGAUCCAGGAGGAGAUGGUCGACCAACAGAAGAAUCUGGACGGAACUGCAGCUGGUUCCGUGGUGGAGACAACGCUCCAAAAAGAGCUUGCGCGUUGUACUCAGGAGCUGCGGGACCUUGAGAACGAGCAGCAGGAAGCUCUCCGCAGGAAGGAGCACGAGAUACUCGAGACAAUUAGCGAGAUGCGUGCCGAGUCCAGGGCCGAGCUGGCACAGAUACAGGAAAUGCAGGAGAGCCUGCGUGUCAGCACGGACAAACUCUACCAGGAGCGCUACGCACAACUCGAGAAGAUGAUCAAGGAGCGGUCGAUGGCGUACAAUCCGGAGCUAGGAGUGGCUACGAGAAAACUUUCCUCAGUGAAUCUCAUCGACACUGAUGCAAGUAGCUCGACCGGCCCGCCACACACACAUGAAUCGCUGCUCGCAUCCGGGUCUACCGAUGGGAUCAUCCGGAUAUGGGACCCAGCAAUGGCUGAGUGCAAGGCAUCUUUCAAAGCGCACAGCUCCUUGGUAAAGUCGCUGAGCUGGUCGCACGACGGGACACGGCUCGCGUCGGUGGGAGACGGCAACAAAAUCAAGAUCUGGGACCUGACAGGCCGGCGCUUGCAGACGCUUGAAAGCCAUCGACAGCCCAUAUUCUCGACCGCUUGGUCACCAAAGGGCGCCCGACUCGCAUCGUUUGGAAUCCGUGGGCAGUCCAGCACUUGCCGGCACUUCAAUACCACGGCAAUUGCCUUCUUUGUUUGCUCCCGCGACGAGGUACGAUUUGCAUCCAGGUCUUCCCUUGGCACAAUCAAGAUCUGGAAUGCGGCGACGCGCAAGUGGACAUUGCUAGACGAUAGCGAAACGAAGGCGAAUGCGUUGGCUUGGUCGCCUGACGGGACGCAACUAGCAUCAGGAUUCGGAAGAAAUCUAAUCAAGAUCUGGGAUCCAGAAGUAGCCGAGUGCGUGAUAACUCUCGGUAUUCCGGACCAACAAGUUGCAAUCCAAUCCUUGGCUUGGUCACACAGCCCAACACGAUUCGCGACAGGAUACUAUCGAAACAACAUAAUCGAGGUCUGGUAUCCGGAUGAGAGCGCAUGCAAGCGGCUCGAGGACCAAGGCGAUGCUUUCUCUGCUUUUCCUGCAGGCUUGUAA